AUGGCUCAUGGGCUAUCAUCACCAAAGAAACCAACAACAUCGGUAAUGCCUUUGCAGAAGGUGAUUUAUGAUAAACAACAGGACGUGAGUAUUUUGGUAAAUAAUGUGGGGGUGACCUAUCCUAUGGCUACGCUUCUUCACGAGGUUGAAGAAGAAGUUUGGAUGAAUGUGAUAGGAACGAGUUUGGUAACAAGAGUUGUGAUUGAAGGAAUAAAUGAGAGGAAAAGAGGUGUUGUUGUUAGUAUUGGUUCUGGUGUUGUCGUUGUUGUGCCAGCAAACUGUACGAGUCUGGUAACAAGAGUUGUGAUUGGAGGAAUAGUUGAGAGGAAAAGAGGUGUCAUUGUUAAUAUUGGCUCUGGUGUUGCCAUUGUUGUGCCUUCACACCAUCUCUAUGCUACUAAUGUUGCCAACAAAUUUUAA